CUCUCCUCCAUCGCGCCCUCAAACUCACCCACCACCUGCACUCCACACCAGUCCAGGACUUCAAAAGACAGGACCGAAUGAGUCGGAACGUGGGCGGCGUAUACAGACGCACGGACGCGCAAAAGCUAAGGGGACGAGUGAUUUCGUUGCUGGUGGGUGGUUUGGUUGGGUUGUAUUUCGGGGCUAAAUUGAUUCCGUAUGAACUUGUCAUCAAAGAAGCUCCCUCGUCCGAGGUCGGCCACGACGGCCAACCAUUCCUCAAGUUCCGGAUGGAGAACGCGAAACCUCUCGAGUUAAAACCCGAGCUGCGCGAGGAGAUCCACCGGCUCGAAGUCGCGCGGCUGGUGGACGAGAUCCAGGCGCAGCGGGUGAAGGACGGCAAGAUGCCGCUGAGCGAGGAGGUGUUGACCGAGCGGGCGCGCAAGCUUGCGGACGAGAGGAGGAGGGAGAGGGGUGAGGGGGAGGUGGCAAAGGAGGAGGGGAGGGGGAGAGGGAAGAGGUUGGAUGAUGAGACGUUGAGGAAGAUGACGGAUGAAGGGACGAAGGAGUGGAUGAAGAAGAAGUUUGGGGUGGUUGAGGAGGAGGAGUAGUUCCCGUCUCUUUGUCUCUAUGCAGUCUCUUCUCUGCAUUCUUUGAAGUACUGUGAAGUACUGUGUUUUGGGACUGCGAGGCCACUCUUCCUUCUGUGUGCAUUUUUAUUGUAAAUAAGUCUUGUUAUAUACGCAAAAGCAAAGCAAAGCAGAAUCAAAACGAAUAUCAAUUCCAUCUUCUACA